AUAUCAUCAUAAUCGAAUUUUUGAGUUUGCGCAGAUAGUGAAUAUAAAAUUUACCAAAAUAAUCGGAUUUCAAUUUAUGGCAAGUAUGAUGAUAUUUUGUUCAAAUUUGUAUCAACUGACUAAAUCAACUUUAAAUGUGGAUCAUUUUUCGUUAAUUCUAUACACAGGCUGUAUGUUAACGCAGAUAUUUAUUUAUUGCUGGUUUGGAAACAAAGUCAAAUUAAAGAGUCUUCAAUUAGUAGAUAGUAUUUUUCAAAUGGAGUGGCCAAUCAUGGACAAUAGUGUAAAAAAGAGCUUAUUAAUAAUUAUGAAACGUGCAAUGAUACCCAUUGAAAUUUCUACUAUAUAUAUCCUGACCAUGAAUUUGGAUUCCUUUGUAACGUUGCUUAAAACGUCAUAUUCUGUUUAUAAUUUACUAACGCAAGUGCAAUAA